UUGAGCGAUAUGUGUUAAAAUAAAUUUAGGUUAUUUACUUUUUAAAUCCAUAGAAUUUUGUAUGCAAUCCAAACUAUAAACUGAGCUAACAACAUGGAGCGCGCGCGUUACGAUGCCACUGGCAAUGGCACUUUGGAGCAGUCGGUUCUCAAGCCAGACACCAGCUUGGAGUUGGACAUAUUUGAGCACUCCUCGCUGGGCAGCGAGCAGGAGCAGGAUAUGCCCACCAUGAUUGUGGUCGAGACCAGCGUUAGCAACAUGGACACGCCCACAAACAAACAGCCGGCUGCUAAUGAUUAUGCCGAGCAAGCUGGCUGCUCCAUUACGCUCGGCCUCAAGCCCAAUGUGCAAUUUCAGCUGCUCACGCAAAAUAUGAGCGACGACGCAUUGGCCAGCACUGAAGCCGCUUUGACCGCUGCUAAUGUCUCCAGUGGCCUGCAUAAUGUCAUUGCCAUUAGCAGCGAGCUGAACAUACCGAAGCUGCGUCGCUGCAUCGAUGGCGCCACGCAGUGCAACAAUUUGAAUCUCGACUGUGAGGCAACCAACUCGACUGACUCAAUGCCAUCGAUUGGCUCGCUCGUCUGCCGCAUUUGCCAUAAUGCCGACAAUCCAGAACAGCUGGUGUCGCCCUGUCUGUGCAAGGGCUCGCUGACGUAUGUGCAUGUUCAUUGCCUGGAGCGCUGGAUUAGCACCUCGCGCUGCACCACCUGCGAGCUGUGCCAGUUUCGUUACAACACGGAGCAAACGCUGCGCUACACUUGUCUGCAGUCGCUGCGUUUGUGGUACUCGCGUGCGAUGAGUCGUCGCGCCUUGCAGGAGGAUUGCCAGAUGUUCUCGCUGCUGACUCUUGUGGCCUUUGGCAUCAUUGGCACGCUGCUGGUGGGCAUACAAUACUAUACCAUGCAUACGCAAUCCUGGGGACUGAGCAAGCUCUGGACCAAGUCCUGGAUGCUCUUUUUUCUAUUCAUGACUAUUACUGUUUAUUUUGCUAACGUCUAUAUGCUGAUCAAAUCGCAGCUGACGCCCUGGUAUCGCUGGUGGCAGUCGGCGCGUGAUAUUAAACUUAUACUAGAGAAUCGUCGUCCGUUUCCGAAUCCCAAUCGCGUGCAGCCCACACUGCUGGACAAUGCAUCGACCACUGCGUCCAUGUUUACGCAUCACGAUCAGGACGUGCAGACGCGUCUUGGCCAGCCGCCAUACAUAACGCCCUCAUCCAGCGCCUCCUCGCUGCCCAGCUCUGUGCCCAAGCCCGCUGGCACUGAAGCGCCACUGGCUUUGGCCUUGCUCAGCGCUGCUCCCAAGUGCGACAUUUGCAAAGCGCUGGCGGCAGCUGAUGAAGCAGCCGUCGCCGACGCUGCUGCUGACGCUGCUGCUGCUAAGACGACUACUGACUAGGCGCUGGGGCUGCUGCUUCCCAGUGGUGCGUUGUGUGCACUGUAAUUAGGACUCAAGGGCAAGGCCUUCGCUGUUUGCUUGCCAUUUGUUUAAUGUAGUUUCAAUGCUUUUAAUGAACUUGCGAGCAGAACUUAAA